AGAAGCCAAAAACCCCCACGCACUCCUCUCUCUUCAUCCAUGACGUCUAGACUCACUCUCUCUUCCUCCCCCCAUUCAAUUUCCCUCACCAAACUCUAACCCUAACCCUAACCCUGCAACUCCCUUCCCCCCAUCUCCCACCAAAAUUCCAAAACCCUCUCAAAUUCCGCAAUGGAAUCGCAGCCGAACAACCUCUUCGACACGGCGUCGCAGCCGGACACGGCCACCGACGCCUACACUUUCCUCGAAUUCAACACCCAGGGCGAGGACUUCGACUACCCGGAGUUCCGCGACCCGAUUCGGUCCCCGGUGGCCUGGCCCACGCCGUCCGAUUCCUUAUCGGACCCUGCCGACCGCGACCGCGGCGGAGGAGGAGGUGGUGGUGGCUCCGACCACCAGUCUGAUGCGUCGCCUGUUUCGGCUGCCCCGGGCAGCGCCACGAAGGCUCGGGCCGGUGGCUCGGGAAGUAGCGGCGGGAAUAAUAAUCAGGUGGUUGACGCCCUAGCGUCUGGGAUGAGUGUGCUGAACUUUGAGGACACUGGGGACGAUGAUAGCUAUGAGUUUGGAAAGGGGGAUUUCACUGAGCAUGCGUGCCGGUACUGCGGCGUGUCGAACCCGGCGUGUGUUGUGAGGUGUAACGUGCCGUCGUGCCGGAAGUGGUUUUGUAAUUCCAGGGGGAACACGUCCGGCUCUCAUAUUGUGAAUCACCUGGUUCGUGCAAAACACAAGGAAGUCUGUCUUCAUAAAGAUAGCCCAUUAGGAGAAACAAUCCUUGAGUGCUACAACUGUGGAUGCCGCAAUGUAUUCCUUCUUGGAUUUAUUUCAGCCAAGACAGAGAGUGUUGUUGUUCUUCUCUGUAGGGAACCCUGCUUAAGUGUUAAUGCAUUGAAGGAUAUGAACUGGGACCUGAGCCAGUGGUGUCCCCUGAUUGAUGAUAGGUGUUUCUUGCAGUGGCUUGUUAAGGUCCCCUCCGAACAGGAGCAGCUGAGGGCACGCCAGAUUAGUGCUCAACAAAUAAACAAGGUAGAAGAACUCUGGAAGUCAAAUCCUGAUGCUUCCCUUGAAGAUCUUGAGAAGCCUGGUGUGGAUGAUGAACCCCAACCUGUGGCCGUAAAGUAUGAGGAUGCAUACCAGUAUCAAAAUGUGUUUGCACCACUUAUCAAGCUUGAAGCUGACUAUGAUAAAAUGAUGAAAGAAUCUCAAAGCAAGGACAAUCUCACCAUUAGGUGGGAUAUUGGUCUUAACAAGAAGCGUGUCGCUUAUUUUAUCUUUCCAAAGGAGGACAAUGAGAUUCGUCUUGUACCUGGUGAUGAGCUGCGGCUUCGUUAUUCUGGGGAUGCAGCUCAUCCAGCAUGGCAGUCUGUGGGACAUGUGAUCAAGUUAACUGCACAAGAGGAGGUUGCGCUCGAACUUCGUGCUAGUCAGGGAGUUCCAGCUGAUGUGAACCAUGGCUUCAGCGUUGAUUUCGUGUGGAAGAGUACAAGUUUUGAUCGUAUGCAGGGAGCCAUGAAAGCUUUUGCAGUGGAUGAGACAAGUGUUAGUGGGUAUAUUUACCAUCACUUGUUAGGCCAUGAAGUAGAGGUUCAGAUGGUCCGUAAUACACUGCCUCGUCGUUUUGGUGCACCCGGUCUGCCAGAGCUCAAUGCAUCUCAGGUUUUUGCUGUGAAAAGUGUUCUUCAGAAGCCUAUAAGUUUGAUUCAAGGUCCACCUGGCACAGGAAAAACCGUCACUUCUGCAGCAAUUGUGUAUCACAUGGCUAAACAAGGGCAGGGACAGGUCUUGGUUUGCGCUCCUAGUAAUGUGGCUGUAGACCAACUAGCUGAAAAAAUAAGUGCAACUGGGCUGAAGGUUGUUAGACUUUGUGCAAAAUCAAGGGAAGCUGUCAGCUCUCCUGUUGAGCAUUUAACCCUUCACUAUCAGGUUCGUCAUCUUGACACAUCAGAAAAGAGUGAACUUCACAAGUUACAGCAAUUGAAGGAUGAGCAAGGCGAAUUGUCAAGUAGUGAUGAGAAAAAGUACAAAGCGCUGAAGCGGGCAACUGAGAGAGAGAUUUCUCAGAGUGCUGAUGUCAUUUGUUGCACAUGUGUUGGUGCUGGAGAUCCUCGAUUGGCGAAUUUUAGGUUCCGUCAGGUACUUAUUGAUGAGUCCACUCAGGCAACAGAGCCUGAAUGCCUUAUUCCUUUGGUACUAGGGGCAAAGCAGGUUGUUUUGGUCGGUGAUCACUGCCAGCUUGGUCCAGUCAUUAUGUGCAAGAAAGCAGCUCGUGCUGGGCUUGCCCAGUCUCUUUUUGAACGCCUCGUUUUACUUGGUGUGAAACCAAUUAGGUUGCAGGUCCAAUACAGAAUGCAUCCAGCCUUGUCAGAAUUUCCUUCCAACAGCUUCUAUGAGGGAACACUCCAAAAUGGCGUCACCAUCAAUGAAAGGCAAUCAACGGGAAUUGAUUUUCCGUGGCCAGUUCCCAAUCGUCCCAUGUUCUUUUAUGUUCAGAUGGGGCAAGAGGAGAUAAGUGCUAGCGGAACAUCUUACCUGAACAGAACUGAAGCUGCUAAUGUUGAAAAGAUUGUCACAACAUUCUUAAGGAGUGGUGUCGUACCUAGUCAGAUCGGGGUGAUAACACCAUAUGAGGGACAGCGAGCAUAUAUUGUGAACUAUAUGUCAAGAAAUGGUGCUCUCAGGCAGCAACUUUAUAAGGAAAUAGAGGUCGCAAGUGUAGAUUCAUUUCAAGGAAGGGAAAAAGAUUAUAUCAUCCUUUCAUGUGUGAGGAGUAAUGAGCAUCAGGGCAUUGGAUUCCUUAACGACCCUCGGAGGCUCAAUGUUGCCCUAACACGUGCUCGGUAUGGUAUUGUUAUUCUGGGGAACCCUAAAGUUCUAAGUAAACAGCCCUUGUGGAAUAGCUUGUUGACGCACUACAAGGAACAUGAGUGCUUGGUCGAAGGUCCUCUAAAUAACUUGAAGCAGAGUAUGGUUCAAUUUCCAAAGCCCAAAAAGAUCUACAAUGAUCGGCGUCUGUUCUUUGGUGGUGGUCCUGGAGUUGUCCCAAGUGAUAGUUAUGGGUCUAUUCCCCCAUCCGGUCAGAGUGCUGAUAGAAGAAGUGGUCGUGGUAGGGGCUCUUACCUACCUCCUGGUCCACCGAAUGGUACCCACAAGCCUGGGGUACAUCCUGCUGGAUAUCCAAUGCCUCGGGCACCACUUGCACCAUUUCAUGGUGGUCCCCUUUCUCAACCCUAUGCUAUUCCAACUCGUGGAGCCGUGCAUGGACCAGUAGGAGCUGUUCCUCAUGUCCCUCAACCUGGAAGUCGAGGUUUUGGAGCUGGACGUGGCAGUGCUGGUGCUCCUAUUGGCAGUCAUCUCCAACACCAGCAAGGCACACAGCAGAAUGUAGGAAAUCUGGGGUCUAACUUUAACUUUCCUGCUCUGGAAAAUCCUAAUAGUCAGCCAUCUGUGGGCGGUCCAUUAUCUCAACCUGGAUUUGUCAAUAAUAUGCCAGUUCAAGGACCAAGCCAAACAUUUCGUGAUGGAUUUUCCAUGGCGGGCAUGUCUCAGGAGUUCUUGGGUGAUGACUUUAAAAGUCAGGGAUCUCAUGUUCCUUAUAACGUCGCUGACUUUUCCACUCAGGCCUCUCAAAGUGGAUAUGCUGUUGAUUAUGUUACACAAGGAGCGCAAGGAGGAUUUCCAAGCAAUUUUAUAAACCAGAAUUCUCAAGCAGGGUACUCUCGAUUUGGUACAGGGAAUGACUUCAUGUCUCAGGACUACAUGGCUCAUGGUACACAAGGUCUAUUUACCCAGGUGGGCUACAAUGACCCAUCACAGGAUGAUGGAUCGCAGAACCACUAUGGAGUAGGGAAUGCUAAUGCGCUUCAGUCUCAGGGAUAUAUGAAUUCUCUGUACUCCCAACCUUUUACCCACUACAACACACAGCCAAUGAACUUGCAGGCCCCACAACAGCAGCCGCCUCAGCAGGGUCAGAGCUCCCAAAAUCAGAAGAUUCACUACAAUGGUUAAGAAACAGUAGGGAAUAAUGGCUGUGAUGGGUUAUAAUCUUUGCAUUCAGCAACUUGGUUUGUGCUCUCUUGUGUGCCCAAAUAUAUCUACCCUAAAAUGCAGAAAAUUUGCCAGUUGAGAUCAGUGGUUAUCUCCGUAACCAAUAGUUAAUGUUCUGGGUAUUGGUUAUAAAGAUCAUAUGAGUGGGGCAAAUGAGCAUGGGUCUGAGCAAGCAAGAGCAGCACAUCCAGGGCUGAGAAAGAAAAGGAUAACCCCGAUUACCUGCUUGAAGUUUUGUAUUGUUCUGAAGAAAGGUAAGAAAAUGUUCAACGAGUGAGAGCAUUACAUGGCAUGGUUUUGGUGAAAGGGUGUGGAAACUGGAAGCAGCGGCGGGGCUAUAUAUCUGACUGACUGGGGAAAAACCCCAUUAUUCAUACAGAAGCAGUUUACCACAAUUUUGUACAGCAUGCUGGGGAAAGUCGCCUAGCCCUUUCAGAUCGUGACAUGUAAUUAUACUCUUACAUUAUUAUUGAAUAGAUGAUGAUGAUGAUAGCUUAGCAAGUAUUAUUCGGUGCGUGUACUACUCGCAGAACCCGGUGGUAUAUAAAAGCGUGAUAAUGGUUUUCUUGUGCAAGGCUUGAUUCCAAUACUGUAUUGGUUCAACGUAAAGUGUUUUGAGGUUUCUUGUUUUA